AUGGAUGGGCAAUGGGAUAUCGUGAUUACUUCACUCAAGGAGUUAUACAGUGCGCAAGAUGCUACAAGUUUUGAUGACUCCGUGAAUGAAAAGCGCGCAAAUUUCCAAAACAUGACGCUGGAACAGUUGGAACCUCAGUUGCAAAACUUCGAGAGACACGCCGGUGUUUUGGACACUGCGCGCAAGCUGAUAGAAUCUAUUAAAGUAAAUCUUGAAGUCGUCAUUGAGCAUGUUAAGAGACAGGAAGAUGAAGUCGCUGCUGAGCUUGCGAAGACAAACCCAACAGGGGAUUCUAUCGGCAGAUGUUUCUGGUCCAGUCCGUUCAAUCCAAGUGAACCAGUACUCGUGGGUUCUGAAGUGGCUUUCAAGCCUAAACGCGGCGGAGAAGGCGAAUGGUUUGAAUGUCAAGUAACAAAAAUAUCUGACGAUGGGACGCGCUACGAGAUUCGUGACCCAGAGCCUGACGAGUAUGGGAACCCGGGACAGAUUUACAAAUGCAGUUGGAAAGAUAUCAUACUGAUACCCCCGGCUAGCCUUUCGAAGAGUCAAUUACCAAACUAUCCUCCAGGAACCAAGGCUUUGGCGCGAUAUCCGGAAACGACGACUUUCUAUCCUGCCGUAGUCACAAGUACUAAACGCGACGGAACUUGUCGUUUACGGUUCGAGGGAGAGGAAGAGGUCGAUAAAGAGACCGAAGUUAUCAGGCGAUUUGUUUUGCCUUAUCCAACGAGAAGAUGA